AUGGAUGUGAAAGAUCAGUACAAAUUUGUCGUCGUCCAGUCUCAUAACAACCUCGACGCAUUUCCUCAAGACGUUCUUGAAAAGGCUGAAACACUAGUUACAUUAAAUUUGUUUUGUAAUGCUAUUACAGUCAUUCCAGAUUUCACUUUUCCUCUCUUAGAAAAUCUCACGAUCGCUUCAAACAAAAUCACUCACUUCACUGAAGACAACAUCAGGCAAUUCCCAAAACUCAAAAAAGUCGACGCGUCUCAAAAUCUUCUCAAAGAAAUUGGCGCGUUCAAAUCAUUCACAUCUCUCACUCAUAUCGAUUUAACACAAAAUCAGAUCUCCGACGUCACACCACUCACCAAUUCUUUCAAUCUUGUGUUCUUAAGUCUUUCAUUAAAUAAGCUUCAAUGUAUUCCUCGGGAGUUUUCCCGUCUUUCCAAUUUGCAAACCCUCGAACUCGAUAACAACGAGUUCACCCAUUUUCCAAUCGAAGUCUGUGCGUGCCCUUUACAAACAUUAAGUCUGAAUGGAAACUCUAUAAGAGAGAUACCUCAAGACGUCCAACAACUGAGUUGUAUUCAAAUGCUGUCGUUCACGUUUAAUCAUAUCACUACACUUCCGUCUUUCUUAUCGAAUAUGACGAGUCUCAUUUCACUUGAUUUUGAUCACAACCCAUUGACAUCUUUGGAUUUAAUUAACAGCCCCAGUAUUAGAGACUUAAUAUUGAGUGACUUGAAAUUGGAUAUCCUUUCCCUUCACGAGUUUGUGUCACUGACUCGAUUAAGAGUCUUUGCGGGGGCUGUCAAGCAAGUCUACGAACUUCCUCCAAUCAAAUGUUUAGUGAUGGAGAAUUUGGGUAUCGAGUGUAUUAAGUCGAUCCCACAAUGCACAAUGUUGUCGUUAGAAAACAACGCAUUGACAUCUAUCCCAUCACUCAACUCGGAAAUUUGCUCGUUAAAUUUGAAGAACAAUAUGUUGACGAAGUUGCCGGACGUCUUCCCCAAUUUGGAGGUCCUUAAUGUGACACAAAAUUUCAUUUCAGAGCUCCCGACGUUAUACACAAAUCUCCAGUCGUUGUUUUUGGGGUGUAAUGAAUUCACUGAAUUUCCACGGCCGAUACUCCGAUUAGAGGGGUUGAAGCACUUAGAUCUGUCACACAACAAACUCACGGAGAUACCGAGUGCUAUCAGUAAGUUGACUGAAUUGCAGCAACUCAAAUUUUCAUUCAACUACUUGUGCUACACUCCCAGUGAGUUGUCUGUGCUUGGGAAUUUGCGGUUACUCAAUUUGAGUCAUAAUCGACUGUAUCAGAUCCCACACAGACUCUCGAUUAAAUUACGAACACUUCUGGUCAGUUCGAAUCGAAUCAUCGCACUCCCAACAACACUGUCUUUGAUGUCUUUAGUCGAACUUGAUGUCAGUUGUAACCAAUUGAUAUGUAUCGACUGCUUGUCAUCUAUUAAGACAUUAGAAGACGUGAACUGCAGUUAUAAUGAUAUCAACAACAUUCCAAAGAACGUGUUUUCCUUUGUGAAUUUGAAGCGAUUCACUAUCGUCGGCAAACGGUUUAAGAUCGAGCAGAGCAUGAGGAAGGCGGUGAUGAAUGUGACUUUUAAGAAAGGGUGUGAAUUAGUGACGAUGCCGAUUAAGAAGAGUAAUUUCAGUACGUAUAAGCGUGACGAUCGGGAGACGACUGUAAUUCAGAAGAAGUGUUUAAAGAGUCGAAGUGAAUCGUUUGGGGUAUCUGAGUGUAAAGGGAAUCGUGAACGGAUGGAGGAUUAUGUGACCUUAAUAGAGAAUUAUCGAGGAGUUGGGGAGAGUUUAGUAGUCUUAUGUGAUGGUCAUGGUGGGUCUGAUGCCUCAUUCAUUUGUUCAACCCGCUACAGUGAAGUCUUUGGGAAGAAGUAUGAAGCCAUAAUAGAUAUUGAUACGAGUGAUACAUCCUUUGAAAAGAGUAUGAAACGAAUUAUAGAGCAAAGUUAUAUGGAAGUGAAUGAAGAGAUAAUAAAGUGUUCUGGCGAUGGGACGACUUGUCUAACUGCAUUUUUGACUGACGAGAGAUACAUUAUAAGUAAUGUCGGCGACUGUCGAGCGCUUUUAAUACGUGAGAAUGAGAUGGUUGAAAUUACUAAAGACCAUCGAGCAACGGCACCAGAAGAAUAUCAAAGAGUGAAAGACAAUGGGGGGUUCAUUAAGAAUGAUAGAACUAAUGGCGUCUUAAUGGUGUCUAGAUCACUCGGGGAUGUCAAGAUACAACCAACAGUUACGCCACUCCCUGACGUCUUUUUUAUUCAGAAGAACACGUUGGAUAGAUUCUUAGUCUUGGCUUGCGACGGAGUCUUCGAUUUCUUAAGUAACGAAACUGUCUGCGAAAUAGUCAGAAAAAGAAAACUGUGCCAGCCGUAUGUGAUCGCUGCGGCUAUCAGAGACUGCGCGCUCGCCGCAGAUGGAAGGGACAACGUCACAUGUGUCGUUUGUAAACUUUAA